GUUGUUUCAUUUCUUUCUCUGGUUCGAAACCUUCGUAGGGUCAUUUUUUCCAUUUACGAAAAAGCUCCUUACUGCGUCUGUGUCUCCCAUGGCUAUUUCUUCUUCGUUGUUUUUUCGUUUUCCGGUCGUCUUUCUCGUCGUCUUCUCUCACGCUGUUGUAUCUCAGCAAAUUUUGACUCUAAGCUCCGACGAACAGGAAUCGGUUUACCAGGUGCUCGAGGCGAUUAACUCGGAUAUUCAGUGGCGCUAUCUCUUCCCUGAUGACCUCUGCAGCUCGGCUCCGCACGGCGUUGUCUGCGAUUAUUUCACGGAUGAAAGCGGUAAUGGAACUGUCCACAUUACAGAGCUAAGCUUCGGCUACAUCUCGGACUACUCUCCUAACCCUCCCUGUGAUUCUAAUUCCACCUUUAGCCCCCGCCUCACCUCCUUCGCUCACCUUCGUAAGAUGUUCUUCUAUAAAUGCUUUAAUGAAACAGAGGUUUUGCUUCCUGGGUUUCUCGCGAACUUGAGUUCUAGCUUGGAAGAACUCGUGUUCAUUGAAAACCCAUCUCUGGCCGGGACUCUCAACGGCAAACUCGGCAACUUCACCCGUCUAAAGAAGUUAGUUCUCACUGGAAGCAACGUUUCUGGGGAAAUCCCAGAUAGUAUUGGUGAUAUGCUCGAGCUCGAACAGAUUACGAUCACGAGAAGCAAUUUAAGUGGAGGAGUUCCGCUCGACAUAGGGAAGCUGAAGAAACUGAAAAUUCUCGACCUCAGCUACAAUAGGUUUCAAGGACAACUCCCGGACUCAAUCGGGAACUUGACAGAGCUUUUGAAGCUCGAUUUGGGUUCUAAUUACAUCGACGGGCGAAUCCCUGAAACUCUUCUUGGGUUGCAGAAACUGGAGUUUCUGGACUUGAGCUAUAACCUUUUCGGUAACUUCGGGAUUCCGCUAUCUUUAGCGGAGAUGCCCAGCUUGAGAGAGUUGUACUUGAGCGGUAACUCCCUGGGAGGACAAAUUCCGGAAAUCUGGGAGAAGCUCGGGGGCAUUUUGCGACUAGGAUUCUCUGGUCUGGGACUGGUCGGUAAAAUUCCUGCGUCAAUGGGGGUGUUCUUGACAAACAUUUCUUACCUAGGGCUUGAUAAUAACAAGCUUGAAGGUACGGUGCCUAUGGAGUUUGGAUUGUUGGAGUCUGUGAACGAGAUUAAUUUGGAGAACAAUCGGUUGAGUGGUAGACUUCCAAUUUCUGCCAAGUUUUCCGCUCAACUUGAAGGAAAACUCAAAUUGGGUGGGAACCCUAAUUUCUGUGUUGAUGCGAGCUUCAGUUCUGCUACGAGUAACAGUGGUUUGGAGCAUUUGAAGUUAUGCAGCAAAACCGCCAUUUCCCAUCAUGUUCUCUUCUCAGGGUGCUCUUCACUUCGGUCAUCUUAUCUUCUUAGCUUCCUAGGGUACUGUUUUGUUUUUGUGUUUUGAAGGUGUGAUACAGAUUACAGAAUACAUGGAAACAAAGAAAGAGAGAAACAGAAAAAGAAGAAAAGGAAAAAAUUUCAGAGCUUGAAUUUCAUACAUCGAAGAAAUUUCAAAACCAAACUUUCUUUUUUGGAGCCAAGUAUAUAUAGUGCAUAUAAGAGAACGAAUGUCUUGAUUUCAGGUUUCAACUAAGCAAGGCUAACAGUUAAAAUUGUUAGAACAAAAAGAUUCAAGAAAACACGGGUGAAAAAAACAGGAAUUUGCAGAUGGAAAAAUCUGAAUGAGUCUUUCUUUCUUUCUUUCUUUACAAAUUUUGAAGAAACCCCAUCACGUCACGUCCUUUCGUCUUCAUCUUCUUCAUCUUCUCCAUGUGGAUUUGAAGCUGAGGUUGGAUAUGGGUCAGUGCUCUGCAAUUCAGACCCAAUCCCAUCGCCAUUUGCUGGAGCUUUUGAUCUAGAUGGUUUUAUAGAUGCGCCUCCGCCACCACCCUUGGACUUCUUACGAUGAGCCUUCUUUGGGAGACCAGGCGGGUCCGACGCUGAUGGAUCCCCAAUAGAGCCUGUCCUUUGGUGCCUCCUUGAUUGUUUGGUCCCAUCGGUUAAAUCCGGGGCGGAGUCCAUCGAGCCACCCAUGGACGGACGACGCCUUGAACGCCGUGAUCCCUCGCCACCCUGCUCCUGGCUGGAGGAAUUGAAUGAGGAUAUUCCGGUUGAGUUGUGGCGCCUCGAUGGCUUUGGCAAUUCCAGCGGCACGUCUUUGACCUUUGAAUCUGUCAAGAAGCCCAAACACCGUAUGCAUAAUUACAGUAUGAGCCGAUCAUCACAGGCUUGAGAAAUAAUUCAGAAAGGGAAUGGGAGUGCAAAGGACUGAAUACAAAACCUUGAGAAGUUAAUUUCGGUGCAUUGGCCUUUGAUUCUGUCAAACAAAAUAAAACACCAUAUGCAGAAUUACAGUAUGAGCUGAUCAUCACAGGCUUGAGAAAUAAUACAGAAAGGGAAUGGGAGUUAAUGCAAACCUUGAGGAGUUAAUUUUGCCGCAUUGGUCUCCCUGUCUUCUCCGGCAAUACUUGCAGGUGCCGAAGACUCCGGCGAUUGCUUAAACUCGUUCAUCUGUAGAAUUUGGCAUCACAAAUUUUCACACUCAGGCACUAGUAUGAAACCCAACGUCACCCAACUGUUUAAAUUCAAGCCAAGAGUAGAGUCCCAUUGAAUCUUCAAUUAUCAAUGGAGAUCAGCUUACCCAGCUCGGAGAAGCUACGGAUGGACCAUCCCAUCCUAUGUGGGCGACAUGCUUUACGUCCGUCGGAUAGCCAAUCUGCAUUUCUGGCUCCUUAUUAUUUUC